AUGAAAGAUACCUCUACUUGUGAUGCCCGGUCCACAGAUGGUUUGAGUGCCACCCGCUCUAUUGUCUUGUGUUUUGAUGGAACGUCUAACCACUUCAGCGAACGAAACACGAAUGUGGUUAAACUGGUGGAGCUUUUGUACAAAAACGACCCAUCUACACAAAUGGUCUACUAUCAGACCGGAGUAGGAACAUACUCGCAUCCAGGAUUUUGGACCAGUAUCACCGAGGUCAUUGCUAAGAAAGCUGAUGAAGCGGUUGCAUGGUACUUAUACCAACAUGUUAUCGAUGGGUACAGAUUCAUAAUGGAAUCAUAUCGAGAGGGCGAUGAAAUCAGUAUUUUUGGCUUCUCUCGUGGCGCCUAUACCGCAAGAGCAUUAGCUGGUAUGCUUCAUGCAGUUGGGAUACUCCCAAAACACAAUCUGGAACACAUUCCUUUCGCUUAUCAAGUAUACGCAGGGAAGAUUUCCGCCCAGCAAAGCAGGGAAUGGCGCCCCACAGGGGAUGCCGGCUUAGGUGUAUCACAAGAGGGGCUUCUCGGGGCAUUAAACAUUGAGAAAAAUGAACAUGAUAGGGAACGUUCCAGCAGUAAUCCAGACGAAGUCAACCCAAAGAGCUACAAGAUGACUUUCUGUACUCCUGUUAAGAUAUCGUUUUUAGGUGUAUGGGACACAGUAGGAAGUGUUGGGGCUUUAAAGAGAGAGACACUUCCUUGGAUCGAGUACAACCCAAGUGUCAUACAUUUCAGACAUGCGCUAGCACUUGAUGAGUUUCGGGGCCAUUUCAUACCUAGUGUCUGGGAUCACGGACGGACUGUCCGGGGUUCACAAACUGCAGUUGAAAUGUGGUUCAGAGGGAGCCACAGUGAUGUAGGCGGGGGUUCCCCUUUGACAGAUCGCGCUCGCAGAAACCCUGUCUCAAGAUUUUGGGAUAAAGUGUUCAUCCGAAUUUAUUCACUUUUUGGUAAGCGAGCAUUCCCGUUCCCCCGCUGGGUGGUAGGCAGGGGUCGUCUUCCGGACAUGAGCAACAUAUCGUUUCGGUGGAUGAUGAACCAGUGCAUCUCUACCCCCAACGUUCGCAUACGUCUGGAUGCUUCUUCUCUUGCUCGUUAUGAGAAAGCGGGAAUAUUAGCACCUCCAAUCGGGAGAUCAGGCCAUACACCUCUUGGCCGCGCACUUGACACAUACGAUAGCACAAAGGAGCCAUACGAGGCCACUGAAGACUCACCGUGGUGGUGGUUGAUGGAGGUUCUACCUCUUCCCAAACCUUCGCAACGAAACGUCGAUCGAUCUGUAGUGGAAACAACUUAUUGGCCUAAUUUGAAGGCCGGGAGACGUAUUGGCAACCAGCCUGUGGACCAGAUCUUCCUUCAUCGCUCGGCCCACGAGCUACAACAAUCGGGGUACCGAUAUAGAGCCAAGUUUAAAAAUACACCUCAAGUACGCGACUGA